GCCACAUCUUUAAGCUUUGGGAUGUCCGUGAAGCAUUUCGGAUACAUCGCAUUUGUCUCCUCUCCCGAGCUCCUGUGCUCCCCUGCUCACCUACCAGUCCCGUCUUCCCAAGAUUUCCAGAUCAAGCAGAGAGCCAUGGCGAACCUCCUCUCCUCGGCCCCGAUCCACGCGUCGCUCCCGGACUGCUUCGUCUUCCCGCCCGAUCAGCGCCCGCCGGCCUCCUCUCAGGCCGUCUCCCUCCCGGUCAUCGACCUCUCUCGCGGCCGCGACGAGGUCCGCCGCGCCGUCCUCGACGCCGGCAAGGAGCUCGGGUUCUUCCAGGUGGUCAACCACGGCGUCUCUGCGGAGGCGAUACGGGACAUGGAGGCGGUGUGCGCGGAGUUCUUCCGGCUCCCUGCGGAGGAGAAGGCGGCCUUCUACUCGGAGGACACGGACAAGCCCAACCGGCUCUUCUCCAGCACCACCUACGAGCUCGGCGAUGAGAAGUACUGGCGGGACUGCCUCCGCCUCGCUUGCGGCUCGCCCGUCGGCGACACCAAGAACAACUGGCCCGACAAGCCCAAAAAGCUCCGCGAGGUGGUGGAGAAGUUCGUGGAGCCGACGAGAGGCGUGGGGAUGGAGCUGCUGCGGCUGCUGUGCGAGGGCAUGGGGCUCCGUCCGGACUACUUCGAAGGGGACCUCACCGGCGGCGACGUGAUCAUCAACGUUAACCACUACCCGCCGUGCCCUGCCCCGGGCCUGACGCUCGGCCUGCCGCCCCACUGCGACCGGAACCUCAUCACUCUCCUGCUCCAGAGCACCGUGCCCGGCCUCCAGGUCUCCUACAAGGGCGACUGGAUCAACGUCGAGUCCGUGCCCAACGCCUUCGUCGUCAACUUCGGCCACCUGCUCGAGAUUGCGACCAACGGGGUUUUGAAGAGCAUCGAGCACCGGGCGAUGACCAACGCCGCGCUGGCACGGACGUCGGUGGCGACGUUCAUCAUGCCGGCCGCGGACAUCCCCAUCGGCCCAGCGGAGGAGCUCGUCGGCGAGGGCAACCCGCCGCGCUACCGCACUGUCACUUUCGACGAGUUCAUGCGCGUGUACAAGACCGUCGGCGCGCGGAGGGAGAGCGUGGAGAAGGCCUUCAAGCUUUAGACCUCAGCUCACCUGUAUCUGAUUUGGAGAUCAGUUGCAGAGCAGCAAAGAAACUUGAUUGGUGAUCUAGCUACUAGGUCGGAGUAAAAUAAAUUUAAAAACAGCAACUGGUGAUUGUGAGGUGGAAAUCACGUUUCUGCUAUAUCGACGCUGCUUGAUUCGAGAAUACAA